AUGGAUGGUAUUCGUCUUGCCGCGAGAAGCUCUAUUGAAGCUGCAAACUCCGAAGACCUUGGUGAACUUGCCUACAGUGAGACUGACUCAAUCAGUCUGCAUGCCUUGUGGGCGGACGUGUCCUCACACCGUACCCAAGAAGCAACUGCUGUGAAUGAGGGCUUACUGGUUAUUCGACAUGUCCUGAAGAAUAGACACAAAGAUAAAAAUUCCAAACUGCCGGCCAAACUCAAAGCCCAGCAAUCAACAUUCAACCUUGCCAUCUCAUGCAUCAAGUAUCUAAACGACGUAUUGCCUGUUCUCGAGGCAUCAAACUCGGUGGACAUUCUCAUGUCUCUUUCAAGCUUCACCUCUCUACAUGACCCAUGGACAACAAGUACAAGUGUCAAUGAUGCUCUUGCAGUCCUUGAGCUAUGCAUGCAACCAGAAAGGCGUUCCAGAUGUUGGCCAAUUUUAGAGCGUAUUUGCGAAUCAAACAUAAAACCGAUAUUUGCAAAGACUAAGAAUGCUGCUAUCACAGCUACCGGUCGCAAGAACCUCCAUCCCUUGCCCCGACAGAGGUUUGACGAUAGCUUGUUUGAUCCCGAAAGCAAGCCAUGGAAGCAUAAAGACGUCUAUGCAACAACUGUUCUGGAAUGGAUACUUAGACAGUACAACUCUUCCGAUAUCAAUCGCCUAGAGAACCAAUUCCAUUUCUAUGUUCCACCAAUCCUGUCUCUAAUCGAUGACGAGAGUGCCUCUUUCAAGUAUCGUGGAUGCAUGCUUCUCGCCAGCUUCCUCGCACCAAUUCGGACAAGUAAUUCAGAUUUGCUACGACGCACAAACUUGUCAUCUGUGUUCGACGACGCACUUACCCCAUGCCUCCUGUCCCUACCCUCAAUAACUCCUGAAGAAGAAGCUCUACAACUCCUUGGAUCAGCCUAUCCAGCCCUCCUUCUAACCUUACAGGCCCGUUAUCAUGUCAGUCGUACCCAAAAAAACAGCGAUGACAAAACCGCAUACAUAACACGCCUCAUAACCCUCCUGCGCGAUAGCGUCAUAUCAUCUUUCCACCAUAUCAGUUCAUACAGCCCUGCAUCGGCAAUUGAGGGAGGGUCGUCUCUAGCAUCAUUUCCAUACCUGAGACUAUCGACAUUCCUGCUCGAACAACUGAGAAUACUAGUUAAAGAAAUUGGUAUCCAUACAACAAAAUAUCUACAAGAAAUCAUCCCUGUUCUUUAUACUACGUUGACGAACCCGUUUGGAACGGCGUCUGUGCCAUUACUCCUUGCUGGUGUUGCUGCUGCGCAAGCGGUCAUUCUGAACGCAUAUCCGCGGAUAUGGCGGUAUAGAGGGGAUUUUCUGGCUGCCGUUUGUCAGUGUUGGAUUAAUGUCUUGCAGGAUGAAUUAGGAACGAGUUAUGGUGAUGACGCGCAGAAGGAUCAGUUGCGUACGGUGAAGUGCAAGUUGCAGGGGACGGUGUACUUGUUGAAGAUGGGCGUGCAGGGGGCGGUUACUAUGAAGUCAGAAGGUGUGAUGGGUGCUGAUGGUGAAGAGAACCUUGAUACAGAAAACGAUGUCAAAGCCCUUGUUGAGGCGGAUGAACAAUUGAAACCGCUCCUCCAGAUAGAUGUUGAUAGAGAUCUGGGUAAUGCCUACUUCUUUGAUUGA